AUGGAUUCAAAGAUAAAAAUACUGAUGGCUUAUGUCCUCAACACUGGCGCGAUCACCAUUGUCUUCUGCCUGGUUUCUAUAACAUUCGUAUUAACUCUCCCGCAAACGUUAGGAAUAUAUUGCAUAGGACUCGUCAUGACCAAAUUGUACGUAAACUGUUACAUGGCCAUGUUGAACGGUCGCAUUAUGUUACGCUCUAUGUCAUCGGCCGCCCAUGCCCGCAAUCAGCUGUUCAAGCCACAUAAUUCCACCCCGUCCGACGUAUUUGUUGACUCUGUGAUAGGCCGACCCAGUAUAUCUUCAUCGGCCUCUCACAUUCAUCGAUCCCGACUCUCUGCUCAGAGGGAACCGCCUGCUCCUCUCGUGUUUCUCCCUUCCACGUUCCAGGGUCAUUAA